UUUGACUUCUACCUUUUAUCAUUCUUGAAAGCGAAAGCAGCAAGCAUGCCGUUUGUGUCGGGAAUUGACCACAAAUAUAUUGCAAUUGGUGCUUUAGCAUGCACUACAAGUGUUGCAGUUUUCUCGACGUAUAAAUGGCUAAGUGAAAGAAGAAGAAGACUCAAAGGUUCUGUUUAUGAAUCACAGAAAUUACUGAAUGAAUACCUCGUUUUCCACUACGGAGCCAAGGAAGAAGUUCUGAAAUAUGACUUUGGACCAAAAGGAGCCCUUGACUUUCCUAAAAGAUGUGCCGACAUGUGUUUAAAACAUUGCAAAGGAUUUGGCAAGAGUAAGACUCUAAGGCGAGCUCUGGACAUUGGAUGUGCAGUCGGCCGAUCUUCAUUUGAGCUGGCACAUGAAUUCCAAGAGGUGAUAGGGAUUGACUACAGUCAGUCGUUUGUAGAUGCUUGUGAGCACAUGAGGGACCUGGGAGAGAAAGUGUACUUUAUACAAGAUGAAGGGGAUCUAGUCACUCCUCUUGUAGCCAGAGUGCCACAGGACAUUGAAAAAGCAAGAUGUACCUUUGAGCAAGGAGAUGCUUGUGACCUUCGACACGACCUGGGGUCAUUUGGGUGUGUUCUGGCUGCCAAUCUGAUUUGUCGUUUACACUCGCCCUUUGACUUCUUGCGACGUCUAACAGAACUGGUGGCACCAGGGGGAAUACUUGUCAUUACCUCUCCUUACACGUGGCUUGAAGAAUUCACAGAUAAAGAAAAUUGGAUGGGAGGGUACAAAAAGAAUGGGCAGGUAGUGACAGGAUUCUCUACCCUUAAAAAAGAACUGGGACCAAAUUUUAAUUUGGUGGAGUCAUGUGACAUGCCUUUCUUCAUCCGUGAAACUGCCAGGAAAAAUCAGUGGACCGUAGCACACUGCACUGUGUGGUCUAGGAAAAUGAACUAAAUCAAAAAUGUCCUGAUCGAACUUUGUGUGAUAGACAAGUGCUUUAAUAUCUUUGUUUACAAUCAUUCCCUUUUUUUCUCUCAGUAUUUUAUUUACUUAUAAGUCCUCAGAUGUGCAAUUUUCAAUCAGCUUUAUUUUUAAAAUCAAAAUAAUAAAUCAAUGUGAUAAAUGUCAAUUUUAGAUAAUUUUUUUGUGUAUGAAAAUAAUAUUUGUAUUGUUUUUAUGUUAGGCUGUUUAUGGCAAGGUAAAGUCCUUUCUGAAUCCAUCUUUACAAGCAUAUAUACACGCAUUGGUGAUGUACUUACCAUAUGAAGUAAAUGUAUUUAUAUUGAACUUUGGUAGAGUAUCACAGAUAUUGAAAUCUCAAAUUCCAUUGAUAUGUGUAAGCAACAUGGAAGUCCCAGAUGCAUUUUCUUUUUGUAUUUUAAUUAUCCUCUGUACCUUAAAUUCUCUGAUAUCUGGAAAAAGUUUCUCUUGGUUCAAUCAAGAUUGACUGUUUGUUAAAUUAAUUGCAUUUUUACAUAUUUUGAUUAAAAAUUAUAAAUUACAACAUCAAGAAUAACAUUUCAGAAUGAGCUGGCAGCAUCUGACAAUUUUUUGACCUUUCUCUGUAAUUUCAUUAAGAUAUAUAUUAUAUUUUAUGUAUUUCUAUUGAGAAAAAGAAUAAAUUUAUGCCUUAAAUUCAAA